UGGUUUUCUAAGCUCAGCUGAUAGGUUAGCAAGCUGUCCAAGUCCAAGUGGAACAACGCAGAGCAACGGCGGUGAUAUUUUUGUUUUCUUUGUUCAGCCGAGGACGACGUACAAAUACAAAGGUCGCCCUCUUGUAUGACAGGACUUCUCUCCUUUUCUCAGUUUGUAUCUACGCGUUCUGCUAAACUGCAGGCAUGGGGGGAGCGGUAAGUUCUGGACAAGACAAUGACGAGCUGGUUGAUAAUUUGAGGGAAGACAACUACAUCAAGACGUCUGAGGUGGAAAGGGUGUUCCGGAUUGUCGACCGGGCACAUUACUAUCUUGCAGAGUACAAAGACAGCGCUUACAAAGAUCUGGCAUGGAAAUGUGGCACACUUCACAUGUCUGCCCCUUGCAUUUACUCUGCUGUCAUGGAAGCUUUGGAGUUAGAGAAGGGGAUGUCUUUUUUAAACCUGGGCAGUGGAACAGGAUACCUUAACACCAUGGUUGGAUUUAUGAUUGGUCCCUAUGGCAUCAACCACGGAAUUGAGCUGCAUGAAGAUAAUGUGACAUAUGCCAGGAAGAAGCUGGACAGUUUUAAAACUGCAAGUCGGAAAUUUGACGACCUUGAACUGUGUGAGCCAGAGUUUGCUGUUGGCAACUGCCUGAACCUUGCCCCUGAGAACCGCCUCUACGACCGUGUCUACUGCGGAGCAUCGUGCCCCUCGGAGCAGAAAGAAGCCAUCCAGAACAUGAUCAAGAUCAGUGGAAUUCUUGUAGUUCCUGUCGGGGAUCAGCUUCUUAAAAUUCGACGCUUGAGCGAGACAGAAUUCACCUCAGAGAGUGUUCUGCCUGUGUCUUUUGCCUCCCUGGUCCUACCUGAUCCGGCCAAUAAAAUUGGAGAUCCCAUCAUGCUUCCUGAGGUUGAUCCAUUGUCUCUUCAGUGCAUUUGCCGUCUCGCAGUGAGAGAGAGCAUCCGGAAGAAUUUUGACUUUCAAUUGCCUCCCACUGGAAAAGUCUCCACCUCAAAGUCUCGGAGGGUCAAAGCUAAGUUUUUAUCACCAGAGAGGGGCCGAUACCCGCUGGAUAUAUUGCCCACUGCACAGGGUUUGAUGAUUGUUGGGGCUUUCAGUCACAGCGACGAUGACGAUGAUGAGGAUAAUGAUGAUGAAGACGAAGAGAGUGACUAUGAGUUCCUAGACCGUCAGCUGCAGAGACAUGCCUUUGAGCUGAGAAGAGCGGGUGCAAAGCUGGCAAGUCGAGUGAGGGAACCGAGUCCUGAUGAGAUUGACUCAGACCUGUCAGAUAAUGAAGAAAAUCUUGGUGGAAACAGUGCAGUAGAAACACAAGAUCUCAAUGGAAAUCAAAACGUAUCGAUGAAUUUCUCCCUGUCCCUGAAAACCCCUGGAAAUGAACCUACUACAAUAGAAAGUGAAGAUGGAGUUACUGCAAAUGAUGAAGAAGAGGCCGAUGACAGCAAGGAGUCUCAUGGAGACAAUGGUGAGCGCGAAAAUAGAGCAACUGCAGUGAAUAUUGUGCGCGGAAAUGAGAGCAUGUUGGCUGCUGGUAGCUCCCAAUGGGAGGGUGAAAAUAAUACACAAGUUGUCAUAGCAUGCUCUUCCGGCUCAAAAUUAAGGGAGAGGAAUGCUUCGCUGUCUUCGGAGGAAGACAUAACCAGUUCAGCAUCAUGCGCUAAAUCUGAAGCUAUUGAGAUGGCAGUGAGUUCAACAUCAGGGUCAGCGCCUCAGACCAUCAAGUCGUCGUACAGCACGAGUGCCGAUACAUCGGAGACGUCAGGUUUUGGCUCUCUAGGAGAAGACCUGCCACACCUCGGGCUCCACCAGUCGCUGGGCUCAUUGAAAGAUGAUAUGUCUGAAGGUCCGUCAGCUUAUCACGAGGCGAGGAGCAGCAGCGUAGCUUCUAGCGGAGAUGAUCAUCAGGCUCAGAACAGGCGCAAAAACAUGUGGCCGAAGAUGGUGGAAGCAAGCUCCAGUCUUGAUGAGGAGAAUGAGAAGAGUGUUUUUGAACAGGAAGAAAGUUCUGACGCUGGUUGGAUGGAUAUUGAGGAUGAUGAUGAUGAUAAUGAUAGCGAGGACGAAGACAGUGAUGCUAGCAGCAAGCCUUUGAGACCAGUAUCUGAUGAUAAGAUGGAGGAAGAGUCUGGGGAAGCUGUUGCUCCCCGUGGUCCUGAUUUUUCAGCUUUCUUAAAGGAUAAAGUCAACACCCUACCCAUUCCAAAUAGUUUGAAGGCUUUUAUUUUGUACUACAGAUAAAUGGUUUCCGAUUAGAUGAAUUCUAUUGUUUUAAAUCUUUGUCCUGCCUAAUGCAAACCCAUAUCCCAUACUUAUGAUGAAAAGCAAUUGUAAAUCUGCAAAACCAUAAACAGUUAAAUGGCUUACAUGACACACACACAGUGUGGUAUUUGGUAGACAACAUUAUGUCUGUAUACUUGGCCAAGUUUGAUGAGCCCUUAAACCUAUAUAAACUCCUAAGGUCAAAGGUUUUGAUUUCAUGUCCUGCAUAAAUUUUGAGCUGCAUAUUAUUUUCAGGGGUUUUGGGGAAAAGAAAAGAUGCUAUUGCAAGAAAGUUAUUCCUGGCAUAAAACUCCCAUUACCUGCUACCUUCAAGUUUUGUACUGUAAUGAACUGCAGUUUUCCUUCGGAUGGCCUCUCCUUACAUAUCUAAAGUAUAGUGGUGUCCACUUCUCAGCAACGCAGAUAACAACAACCUCCACCCGUGUGUGUGGGGGUGGGUGGGUGGGGGGAGGGGAGGAGUUGGUGUGCAGAUUAGCCAUUUUUGAAAAAUUCACUUAGCAGCAACUUCCGCCUAAGAACAAAAAGGCUUGAAUUCCAAGGGAGUUGCUGUUGGGUGGACACCACUGUAAUAUAUUGGUAUUGUUCCAUUGGAGGUUCAAACCGUCGUGGAAAGUGUGUCUUGUGUGAAUACUGUAUUGGAGGCACAACAAGGUAUGGAAUGGGAGCAGCCGAGUGUCAAUAGUAAAGAGCAAAAAAUUUAUUGACGUUUUAUUUUGUCUUUUGGAGCGAAGGGCAUUGCAGAGUGUUUUUAUUCGAUUUUUUUAAUGCGCUGAAACUGGAAUCUUGAAGUAUGGUAUGAUACUAUUUGUUAAGCCAUCACUGUUGAUAUAAUAUGUAUUUGUGUGUUUCUACUUUCCCUUUGAUGACACCCAUUUAAUGCGACAUUUGUUGAAGGUUGUGCGUGGGUUGAAAUGCUUCUUAUGCAACAUUGAUGUGGGAAGAAAGUGAAAGUGCUUAUUCUUAUUGUAUGAAAUGUGAUUUAAACCAAUGAUUAUUUUCGCUGUGGGAUCUGUUUUCUUUUUUAUUACAUGCAUUUGAUCGAAUUUGCAGUGUACUAAAAAUGUCCGAUUUCCGUUUUGGAGACUUGUUUGUAAGUAAUUUCAUAUGAGAUUCGAAUGACGGGAUGAUAAGAUCGUCACUUGAGUGCUUUGAUGUCUUUCAUGCAUUUUUGAAAUUCUAAUUUUAAAUCAUGCACCUGGAGUGAUUGACACUCUUAUGUAUGCCAUGUACAUUGGAACAUGUUAAUUUUUCUGUAUAGUAACGGUCAUGUACUUUUGAAAGUUGUUCCAUGAAGCAUGAGAUUUUUUUUUUUUCAACAGAGAAAAUUCAAUCACAUAUUAUCUUUUCCAGGAUCUGACUGUAAUCAUGAUGUAAAAAAUGUAAAACAUUGCAAUUGAAAUGUUCUGUAUGUAUAAACCGUUUAUAUAUAUGUCAUGCAUUCAAUAAUGAACUAUCUGACCUUACAUAAUUUGUGAUUUGAUGCUGCUUUUUCUUGGUCUUUAAGGGUUAAAUGGGGAUGGAGGGCUCAGGAUGACUGAAGAUGCUUGAGCACCAGUGCUUCAUUGCUUCAUUUUGUGGCUUUGGAGCUGAUUUAAAGAGUGUUUUAAAUCUUUGCCCUUUCAAUGUUGCUAUUACCACUUAUAAAGAUGUGUUUUUGAAGUGAAACAUUUGUGUGGCUGUCAGUCAUAGCUUGCAUGAAGCUCACUGUUAUAAUUUUCUGCAGGAAUUUAUGAAGCUGGCACUUAAAUAUUAAUCCACCCAUGCUUUCAUCUCUGCUCAAGAGAGUACAAUUUUCUUUUGCAACUCAGCUCUGUUCACUGAAUAGCAAUGUCACACAUUUGUGUCACUUCAAGUUUACAAUGCUAAGUAAAUAGUUAAAUACUUUGCUAUACAAAUAGAAUAGUUAGCUGCUCAGCAUUCCACUAUAGUAUGACAAGCUAAAGUAGCACCUUAACAAAAGCAGUUAAUACCUCUCUCAAUGAAUAAUUCAUAAUGGUUCAUUCCACUGUGUUCUUUUUUUUUCAAGACUAAUAUGAGGACAAGCGUCAAUCUUUGUUGGAAACCUAGACAGCCGUCAAGGUCAUUGUGUGUUCGUCAGUUAUUUUUUUUCCCCACAAAAUUUUGUUCCUGCAGCUUCAUACUUGAGUUGAAGUUACCUCUACUGUAUUUGUAUUUCAUGUUUGUGUACAGAUACAAAUUUGUUGAAUCCCAGGUUUUGAUAUGUGGGUCUACCUGCCAGUAGUACCUUCUCCUUGCUACAGAUAAAUACUAAUAGUCUUUGUGUU